AUGCAGAACCUGAUUGUGAGUGAUUUGCUGCUAACCCUGACCAUCGGUCUUCCAGCACUUCACUGCUUGCUGCACCGGGAAACUCUGAACUUCAGCGUCAGAUGCGUAGCGCAGUACUUCGCUGUGAGUUUGGGUAUCAAUAAUUCGCUUCUGACUGUGGCUUCCAUGGCUUUGGAGCGUUUCGUGUACACAUGUCAUGGCAUCCACUACCUGGGCAUCAUGACCAACAUGCGAAUGUACUGUUUUCUUAUUCUCGUCUGGUUAGUGGCUUUAACGGGUGCUGGGACGUCUACAGUCCUGGUGCUGAUGGGCAGAGCGAAAUUCGGUCGCAUCAUUGCAGGGUUCGUGUGUGAGCCGGAAGUUGUGCAAGCUCAGCUUGAGCAGUCAAAGUAUUUUGAGAUGUUCAACAAGAUAUAUGUCGGAUGCGUACUUUUCCUCUGCCUCCUCAUAUUCUCGUUCUCUUACAGCCGCAUGUAUCAGGAAGCCCGGCAGGUGCAGCAACCUUUCCAGCAGGACAACGCUCGUGCCAGAUGCACCAUCUUUUUCUACUUUGCCAUCUUUUUGCUUCAGUUGUUUCCAAGCACAAUUAAAUUUAUCACUAUGUGUUUCAAGGAUGUCGACAGUCAGAUCUAUAUGUUAAUGCUAGUCUUGGUUCCACCGUGUGUCAACCCACUGGCAUACGGUAUCAGAAAUAAAGAGGUACGUCAGGCACUGGGGCGUCUUUGGGGGUCAAGGAAGCUUAAAGAGCUAUUUUGUUGGUAA